UGCCACAACCGAUGCCAUCGCUGACAAACAUGGAGACCAAAGUGAAGCCUUCGUGGGCGGACCAGAUGGACGACAAUCUGGACGACGGGUUCGACACAUUGCCGCCGCCAUCCGAGGUGUUGACCGGCGAUAGCAAAGUCAUCACUGAAUACAAGUUGACUGAAAACGGGAAGAAAAGCAAAGUUAUCCGCUAUUACAAGAUCGAGACGCGAAGAGUGCCGCAGAGUAUCGCCCGACGCAAGAACUGGAAGAAGUUCGGCAAUUCCGUGGACGACGCGCCCGGACCUAAUCCCGCCACGACUAUCAUUUCCGAAGACAUUUUCAUGCAAUUCGUCGGCAACAGAGACGACGACCCCAACAGCGGUAUCGACGGCGAAGACGACGCCCUCAAGAAGUUGCAGAGCACUGGCAAAGGGAUGGUUCAGUGCAGACACUGCGGAAUGGAUCACUGGUCCCUCAAGUGUCCGUACAAAGACAAGUUGGGAUCGCUUUCACUCAACAAAGACACACCGCCUCCCGAGCCCACUGCGGCCUCCGGUCCGCGCGGAUCGAUGGACGAGAAGGGAAAACCGGCCAAAUAUGUGCCGCCGAACAUGAGAGAGGGCGGCAAUAAGAGGGGCGAAACGAUGUCCAACACUCGCAACAAAGACGAGGCCAACACUAUUCGGGUGACGAAUCUGCCCGAAGAGAUUCAGGACCAGGACUUGAAGGACUUGUUCGGUCCGUUCGGACGCGUGACCCGAAUAUUCUUAGCGAAAGACAAAUACACGGGUCAGUCGAAGGGAUUCGCGUUCGUCAGCUAUGAGCACAGGGACGAAGCGGCCAAAGCCAUCAGCGCUGUUCACGGCUACGGUUACGCCAAUCUUAUAUUGAAUGUCGAAUGGGCUAAACCUUCCAACAAUUAAAACUCCUUUUAAUUACAAUUGGUUUUAAACUAUUUUUUAAUUAAUUCUAAUUAAGUUAAACAUAAAAUCCUAGGUUUUAAUGACAACGUAUACAACAAAUUGUUUAUAUUUUGAAGCCAAGACUUCUCAUACACUCCUUAUGCGCUUCAAUGAGUUCUUUGCAAUUUUCUUCUCCCCUUUCGAUAAUACUGUUAAUGAAUUCAAUUUAACAAUUAAUAAACAAUUUUCAAUCAUUCAAUUAA